AUGCAGUACACGGCAACAAAAGCUGGCAUCUGGGGCUGGCAUCAAGUGAACAGGCAAGAAGAGUUACUGAAGGAGGUUGGUGAUUCAGGUUUAGAUGUGUGUGCCACGUGCCACGAACAUGCCACAUGCCAGCAAAGAGAAGGGAAGAAGAUCUGUAUUUGCAACUAUGGAUUUGUGGGUAAUGGGAGAACGCAAUGUGUUGAUAAAAAUGAGUGCCAGUUUGGAGCCACUGUGGUCUGUGGGAACCACACAUCUUGCCACAACACACCAGGGGGCUUCUACUGCAUUUGCCUAGAAGGAUAUCAAGCCACAAACAACAACAAGACAUUCAUUCCCAAUGAUGGCACCUUUUGCACAGACAUAGAUGAGUGUGAAGUUUCUGGCCUGUGCAGGCACGGAGGGCAGUGUGUAAACACUCACGGGAGCUUCGAAUGCUAUUGUAUGCAUGGAUACCUGCCAAGGAAUGGACCUGAGCCUUUCCACCCGAGCAGAGAUGCCACAUUAUGCACAGAAAUAGACUGUGGCACCCCUCCUGAGGUGCCAGAUGGCUAUAUCAUGGGAAAUUAUACCUCUAGGCUGGGCAGCCAGGUUCGUUAUGCUUGCAGAGAAGGAUUUUUCAGUGUUCCAGGAGAUACGAUUUCAAGAUGCACAGCACUGGGCACUUGGGAGUCCCCAAAAUUAUAUUGCCAAGAGAUUGACUGUGGCACCCCCCCAGAAGUGCGGCAUGCCAGCUUGGUAGGGAAUCACAGCUCCCGGCUGGGCGGUGUGGCUUGCUAUGUCUGUCAAGAGGGCUUUGAGAGCCCUGGAGGAAAGAUCACUUCUGUUUGCACAGAGAAAGGCACCUGGAGAGAAAGCACUUUAACAUGCACAGAAAUAAGGACAGAAAUUAAUGAUGUAUUACUGUUUAAUAACACCUGUGUGAAAUGGCAAAUAAACUCGGAAAGAAUAAGCUCCAAGAUUAUGUAUGUGAUAUACAUAAAAGGACAACGGUUGGACCCUCUGGAACCAGCUCAUGAGGAGACAGUCAACUUGACCACAGACAGCAGGACCCCAGAAGUGUGCCUAGACCUGUACAAAGACACCAACUACACCGUGAGCAUUUCCACAGCCCCUCCCAGGCGCUCUGUGCCAGCCAUCAUUGGUUUCCAGACAGCUGAAAAUGAUCUCUUAGAAGAUGAUGGAAUUUUCAAUAUUUCAUUAUUUAAUGAAACUUGUUUGAAACUGAAUAGGCAUUCUAGGAAAGUUGGAUCAGAACGAAUGUACCAAUUUAGAGUUGUGGGUCAAAGGUGGUAUCUGGAUAACUUUUACCACGCAACAUCAUUUAACUUCACAACGCAGGAACAUGCUCCUAUUGUGUGUUUGGAUCUGUACCCGACAACCGAUUAUUCCGUGAAUGUCACCCUGCUGGGAUCUCCUGAGCAGCACUCAGUGCAAGUAGCAAUAACAACGCCACCAGCAGUAAAACAGAUCAUCGGUAACAUUUCAGGAUUUAAUGAAACCUGCUUGAGAUGGAGAAGCAUGAAGACAGGAGAUAUAGAGGAGAUGUAUUUAUUCCACAUUUGGGGCCAGAGAUGGUAUCAGAAGGAAUUUGCUCAGGAAAUGAUCUUUAAUAUCACUACUAGCAGCCAGGAUCCUGAGGUGUGCUUGGACUUGCAUCCGGGUACCAACUACAAUGUCAGUCUCCGGGCUUUGUCUUCAGAACUUCCCGUGGUCAUCUCCCUGACAACCCAGAUAUCAGAGCCUCCCCUUCCAGAAGUAGACUUUUUAACAGUGCAUGGAAGGCUGCUGCCACGCCUCAGACUAAGGCAAGCCAAGGCAAAAAAUGGACCAAUCAGCUCUUAUCAGGUGUUAGUGCUUCCCCUGGCCCUCAAAAGCACAUUUUCAUGUGAUACUGAAGGGGUUUCCUCAUUCUUUACCAACACCUCUGAUGCUCAUGGAUAUGUGACUGCAGAACUGUUGACCAAAGAUGUUCGAGAUGAUGCCAUGGAGAUAGCUAUUGGAGACAGGCUAUACUAUGGGAAAUAUUAUAAUGCACCCUUGAAAACAGGGAACGAUUACUGCAUUAUAUUAAGAAUCACAAGUGAAUGGAAUAAGGUGAGAAGAUACUCCUGUGCAGUUUGGGCUCAGGUAAAAGAUUCGUCGCUCACGCUGCAACAGAUGGUGGGUGUUGGACUGGGCUCCGUGGCUGCUGUGGUCAUUCUCACAUUCCUCUCCUUCUCAGCCGUGUGAUUGCAGAUGGGUGCUGCGUGGGAAGGAUGCACCACUGCUGGGGCAGAUAUUCUGUCAGCUUCUAAGGUGCCUGCACGGUAACCCCAUUUGACUUCCACCCAGGGUGCAUGUAGGCCUACAACUUUCUCCAUCUCCAGUUUGGCCCCAUAUCUGGAUUCAAGAUGGUGGCGAUUUCUGUGGAGUCCCCCAGAAGGAGAAAACUCAGGAAUUGCUGACGUUUUCCCUGCUACAGGACCAUGAACUUGAGACGCUUGGUGUACAAUGUGAUAUUGACCACAGGCUAUGAAUUUUGUGCGUCUGGACUGGGACUUUCUGUUUCUCUGAUGCCUGAGUCAACUCCUCUAGACAUUGAAUACAGGAGAGCUUCUGCAUCCUCGCUUAUAGCAUCUCUGUUAAUUAAUUCAGAAUCCAUUCUUGGACAAUAUGCAGUGAAAUGGUUUUAAGUUUUGGGCUAGAGUUUGACUUUAUGAAGGAAGUCAUUAAAAAGGAUAGAGAACAGUGACAUGGGCAAACAUUUCAAGUACUUUAGAAAUAACACUUUUCCUUUAAUAAGUUGGUAUACUAAUUAGAAAAUAUAUUAGCUUGGCCAUGCCAGUAAGCUCCCUGCCAAGUCUCUUAGGCAGCAUUGCUUUGAUGCAAUUCCAGUUGUCCUAUACAUUCAAAAGUAAUGUCUGCAUUCCAGUAGAAAUAUCCUAUAAUUAAGA